GAAGUGGCUUUUCUCUGGGUGGGAGGCGGGGUUCUCCCGGCACGCCGCCGAGUGUGAGGUUGUAGUUGGGAAUCCUGCUGACAGGCUGAGUGGACUCGGGCGGGACCAGUGACUGUAGGUCUCCAAGGAGAGUCACCGAGGCUGCGGCCGUUUGUCCAGGAGGUGGUCAUUCAUCUGUCGAGUGCUGCAGAAGAGCGAGGGCCCCUCGGGGGUCCUGGAAUCCAGAGCCCAGGCAAGCGGGAUACCAGCCUGCGAAAACACCUUGGGCUGUCGCCGGCCUUUUCGAAACAGGGACCAUUCUGCUACUCUCUUACGGUGGCUCAGGUGACCGCUCCCAUGGCUUUUGCCCAUCGGCUGGACGCCCCUGAGCUUCCCGACUUCUCUAUGCUAAAGAGGCUGGCUCGGGACCAGCUCAUCUAUCUGCUAGAACAGCUUCCUGGAAAAAAGGAUUUGUUCAUUGAGGCAGAUCUCAUGAGCCCUUUGGAUCGAAUUGCCAACGUCUCUAUCCUAAAGCAACAUGAAGUGGACAAGCUGUACAAGGUGGAGAAUAAGCCUGCCCACAGUUCCAAUGAACAAUUGUGCUUCUUGGUCAGACCUCGAAUCAAGAAUAUGCGCUACAUUGCCAAUCUUGUCAAUGCUGACAAACUGGCUGGCCGAAUUAGAAAAUACAAAAUCAUCUUAAGUCCUCAGAAGUUUUAUGCAUGUGAGAUGGUGCUUGAGGAAGAGGGAGUCUAUGGAGGUGAGAGGAACCGAAUAUGUGAGCUGUGAUGAAUGGGCCUUUUCUCUGCUGCCUCUUGAUGUGGAUCUGCUCAGCAUGGAACUGCCAGAAUUUUUCAGGGAUUACUUCCUGGAAGGUGAUCAGCGUUGGAUCAACACUGUGGCUCAGGCCCUGCACCUUCUCAGUACUCUCUACGGGCCCUUUCCUAACUGCUAUGGCAUUGGCAGAUGUGCAAAGAUGUCAUAUGACCUGUGGAGGAAACUGGAGGAGGAAGAGGACAGUGAAACCAAAGGUCGGAGGCCGGAGAUUGGACAUAUCUUUUUCUUGGACAGAGAUGUGGACUUUGUGACAGCACUUUGCUCCCAAGUGGUUUAUGAGGGCUUGGUAGAUGACACCUUCCGAAUCAAGUGUGGAAGUGUUGACUUUGGCCCAGAAGUCACAUCCUCUGACAAGAGCCUGAAGGUGCUACUCAACGCUGAAGACAAGGUGUUCAAUGAGAUCCGCAACGAGCACUUCUCUAACGUCUUUGGCUUUUUGAGCCAGAAGGCCCGGAACUUGCAGGCCCAAUAUGACCGCCGGAGAGGCAUGGACAUAAAGCAGAUGAAGAAUUUCGUGUCCCAAGAGCUCAAGGGACUGAAACAGGAGCACCGCCUUCUGAGUCUCCAUAUUGGGGCUUGUGAAUCAAUCAUGAAGAAGAAAACCAAGCAGGACUUCCAGGAGCUAAUCAAGACUGAGCAUGCGCUGCUGGAGGGCUUCAACAUCCGAGAGAGCACUAGCUACAUCGAAGAGCACAUAGACCGGCAGGUGUCGCCCAUAGAGAGCCUACGCCUUAUGUGCCUUUUGUCCAUCACUGAGAAUGGCUUGAUCCCCAAGGAUUAUCGGUCCCUGAAAACACAGUAUCUGCAGAGCUAUGGCCCCGAGCACCUGCUAACCUUCUCCAACCUGCGGAGAGCCGGGCUUCUAACAGAGCAGGCUCCUGGGGACACCCUUACAGCAGUAGAGAAUAAAGUGAGCAAGCUGGUGACAGACAAGGCUGCAGGAAAAAUCACUGAUGCCUUCAGUUCUCUGGCCAAGAGGAGCAAUUUUCGUGCCAUCAGCAAAAAGCUGAAUUUGAUCCCACGUGUAGAUGGGGAAUAUGACCUGAAAGUGCCCCGAGACAUGGCUUAUGUCUUCAGUGGUGCCUAUGUGCCUCUGAGCUGCAGAAUCAUUGAGCAGGUGCUGGACCGGCGGAGUUGGCAGGGCCUUGAUGAAGUAGUACGGCUGCUAAACUGCAGUGAGUUUGCAUUCACAGACAUGGCUAAGGACGACAAGGCUUCCAGUGAGUCACUGCGCCUCAUCUUGGUGGUGUUCUUGGGGGGCUGCACGUUCUCAGAGAUAUCAGCCCUGCGCUUCCUGGGAAGAGAGAAAGGGUACAGAUUUAUUUUUCUGACAACUGCUGUUACAAACAGUGCUCGCCUCAUGGAAGCCAUGAGUGAGGUGAAAUCCUGAUGUUUUCCUGGCCGGUGCUUAAGUAAUUCCUGAUUUUGGAUCCCAAUGAGAUGCUGGUGUUUGGCAUCCACCUUCUACGAUUCCUGCCCCCCCUCCCCACUCCCGCUCCCAGCUAUACUUACUACUCAGAGCUGGGGACUUUGGAACUAAUUUUGUGGAGAGAAUUCGUUUCCUAUCCCCCAGGAUACUCCUCUUAUAAAUUGUAUAUAGUUCAUGCUGCUAAGGUCUGAGGGAGAGGGAGUUUUUGCUAAAUCCUGAUUGAAUAUUAUUGUAAAUAAAGCCUCUCUCUCUCUC